UUAUUUUCUCUCUCUCUCCUCUUUCUAGCCCACAGCUUGAAACAUAAAACAGAGCAAAGCAACCAAAAUUCAAGAUCCCAAUCUUUCCUUUUAAAAAUCAAAAGAACACAUAAACAACAACAGCCCAAUUCAAUUCUCCGAUUAAAGUUUCAAUCUUUCUAAAAAGAAUCAAUCUUUAGUUUACUAGUGGUGGUGGUGGAUGGCAAGAACCAACAAGUACACAUCAAUUAAUUUUAACCAUGUCUAUGACAAAAACUUAACCACUAAUAAUAAAAAUUCAGCUUCUAACACCGACCCAUCAAAACAACCUUCUGGUUUGUACUCAACAGUUUCAUCUCCUAAUACUUACAAAAACCACCUUUCUUCUUCUUCUUCUUCUUCUUCACGCUCUCAUGGCCGUAUGCUGGUUCUGACGCGACCCACUCCCAAACCCAUCUCUAACAUCGCUACCACACCUCCUCUUUCACCUUCUCCGCAAAUCAAAUCGACCCAAUCGCCUGAUAUUCAAGAUCAAGAUCGUUCUGAACCUGAUUCGAACUUGAUAUCUCUUCGUCCUUCUGGUCGAACCGGAUCCAGUUUGUGUGUUUCAGCUCAGAUUCAGAUACCGGAGAAGGAGGUGGGCGCCGGUAAGUUCGUGCCGCCGCAUCUUAGACCGGGUUUUGUUGGGAGAGAGGAGAGGCCUGGACCGGAAGUUGUCAGAGGGAAGGAUGCAGCUCAUAGGCAACAGCCACAAGGUUAUUCCGGUUACGGGUCCGGGUCUCCCGUUCAGUAUGGGGAGGAUGGGAGGCCUAAGUCAGGUGGUGGUUAUGACAGGAUGACAAGAGGUGGUGAGUCAGAUCUGAAUUUUAUCAAUCGACCUAGAUCUAGUGGGAAUCGACCCAAUUCUAGUGGAUGAGGUUCUUAUGAUGAUGAAGGCUCUUCGAAGGACAGGGAUGGAACAAUCUUGAAAGCUUACUUGAAUGUUCCUCAUCACCUAAGAUGCUGUCUCUUGUCCCCCUGGAAUUUGGUUUAUUACUUUGGAGAUCAGUGGCAUUUUAACUCAUGGAAGAUAGGAUCAAACCUGGUGGCAUCUUUUGGGUUUUAACCCUAACAAUACAAUCAAUUUACAUUUAAGUGGUGUAGAAAAAGAAAAGGAUUUGGGAAUCAAGUUGCAUCAUUGCUUAGUGAUUCAAUCUUUCUUGCUGUUUAAAGAUAGACAUUAAGGUGCCUGAAGAAUGUAGAAUUUACUCGCUCUGAUUUUCUUUUUUCCCUGUUUUAUUGGUUUUAAGAAUUCUCAAAGCAAGCAUCUUGUCAGUAUGCCGGCUUUCAUUUUCAUAUUUUGAUGUACUUUAAAAUAAAUUUUCUUUUGUAAGAUGAUAUGAUUUAGUUCUUCUGUUUUCA